UCCGAUAUGUCUACUUCAAGUCGUAUGCACAGUGUUGAGUGUAGAUAGUAAAUGUCGCAUAAAUAAUAAUAUGUUUAAUGUCUAUGAUCGAUAUAUAUUGUAAAUUAUAAUAUCGUCUCGCAGGCCGCAUCUGCUGCACACUGUUAUUGUUCAACCGAUAAGGCAGUAAUACGUCCAAGGCUCUAAAGCAUUUUCUGCCCGUCGUCCCGACGUAAAAAUUCGACCGGCCGCCAUCAGUGUUUCCUACGACAGCCGGCUGGUUCAUCGAUUUGUCAUCGACAUCACUGGGGCUCAGACGAUUUAGUUAAGAGCUCGACAUUGGAUUAUUGGAACGAACGUGAUUUGUUUUAUAACACUCGUCUAGUACCUACCCUCAACGCCGGCCGCGCCGAAGUUGUCCUUCUCCAGUUCAAACGUGAGGCGAGUAGAGUCGAUAAAUAUGGGAUCUCAUAUUUACCCGUUCCAACAGAAUAAUCUGUGGGAACAAUUGAAACAAGCCAUCUUAAUUUCCAAAAAACAGUCUGACGUGUACCUUUCUUCCGUCAAGGACCACAAACCCGCUUCCAAUGAAAUGAUUAUGGCCGUUAAGAAAUCAAACGAAAAGACCCAUGUCGCUCUAGAGACAUUUCUAAAUUCUUUCAUUGCACAAAAAUAUGAUGAUGGUCAUAAUAAGCAAUCAAAUAUUGAAAUACGUCAUGGCCAGCCACAAGUAUUAGCUCCAGGAAUACCACGAUAUCGGCCAAGAUCUCGUUCCCUAGAACGCAUGCCAUCAUCUGAAGGCGAGCUACGAUCGGAAACUAAAAACCAGUAUCCGUUUAAAGCAGAAUUUCGGCAGGAAUCUGGAAAUUUAAACAUAUCUCAGUCUAAUACUCAUAUUCCAACACAAACUAAAAAUAUUUACUGGUCGUCCUCUGAUUCCCCUCAAGAUCAACAUGAAUUUGGAACUAGAAGUAUGUAUUCAUCUAUGACAAGAAAUCAGCCACAAUCCAGAAAUUUAAAUAUGUCUCUGUCAAAUUAUCGUAUUCAUAAAAAACCUGAGAGAAGAAAUAGAUCGCGUUCUAGAUCAUACAAUGAACACAAAUUUGAUUCUAGAAGUACGUAUUCAUCUAGAAACAGACAACGGUCACCGUCUAGAAAUAGAAAAAAGUCUAAAUCAUUGGAUCGGAGAGAUAAUGUAACUGUACAUCAGUCUUUAUCUAAACGAAAACAUGAUCGUUCAUCUAGAAAUUCGAGAAAUAAUAAAUUUAAAUACGAAAAAAAAAAUAAAGGGAAAACAUUUAAAUCUACACAGCCUACAUCUUCGUCAGACACGUCUUCAGAGCUUGGAGAGGAACCGCAAAUAUCGGUGGUUAAUUCUGGUACAACAGUCACAUCACCUUCACAAGUUGCACCUCAAGUACAACCCCCAUUUUACUCACACAAUGUUACACCAAUGUACUACGCUCAACCAACACAAAUGCCACCGCGUUUAAUGCCAGUCCCAUAUUAUAAUAUGCCACCGCGACCUCGUUUACCAUAUCCGUCAACAUAUCCAAGAAUGUUAUAUAGACCACAGUGGCAGCCUGCAGCUUGUAAUUAUGGUACACAAUGAAGAAGCCUAAAUAAAUAUUAUUAUUAUACAUUCAUACUAUCUAUUACUCUACCUACAGUUUGUUCUCAUUCGUUAAUUAAUCAUUUUAGAUUCUGAGCGGAGCGAUAAAUGUAUUGAUUUUAUAAUGAUGUGUGUUUUUUAUCAUUUUAUAAUUAGUGUAGGUACUUUACUACUUUAUAACAUGAUUAUAAUUAUAAUUUUAAAUGUUUAAUAUUUCAUGUUUUUUUAA